GCGCAUACGCUGUCGGAAGAACCAAGCGCGUUCGAUUUUUUUAAAGUUUCGCGCGUUCUUUCAACUUUUACAAUCCUGUGUUCCUUUUACAAAUUGGAACUCACUAUUGGGUGUGACAGUGUUAUUCUUUAAAAUAGUGUUAUGACCAGUGACGAGUGGGGUUCACCCGUUGCUUAAAAAGUGAUAUCACAAAGGAUUACAGUGUAGUCGGAAAACACGUGUGAACGUUGUUUUUGCAGCCAUGUCGGCGACCGCCACGAGACAUGUCAAGUCUUCCAACAGCGCCAACAUUCUGAUGUGCAAACAAUGGUGGAAAGUCUGCUGGAUGCACGGCGACCAAGAAAAGUACUACAGACAACUGUACGGAAGAAGAAAAGCCAACAACAUCAACACGAACUUCAUCAAUUUCAACACAAUAGACACAAAAAGGCCAGGGGCACAAAUCACUGAAUUAACAGAUGACUUCUUUCAAGAUAAUAUGACUUCACAAAUUGAACCAGCUCCCGAUGAAAGUGAUAAAGAUUGCACUUAUGGCGUCGAAUCCGAACCAAUCUACGGAUUCGACCAAGCGUGGCAAAAAGACCAAAGACGACAACCUAUAGCACAGAGCUACGAACAAUAUAUGAAUACGUCAGAAUUAGAUAAAAUAUUAGGUAGUGGUAUUAACCCAGAUAAUUUAAGAAGUAUGUUAGAAAACGGUCUACCUCUGGAAUCAAAUAAGUCUCAAUUGUUAGAUUCGAAAGAAGAGUUACUGAGGAAUGGUGAUAUAUUUGGAAAAAAUACUAAAACUGUUUGUAGGACGAAGAAAGGGGCUAUAGUUACUGAAGAUAUGGAGAUUUCUACAAAUGGGAAGACAGCUGCAAAUUUCCGAUUUCAGCGAUCUACUGUGAAGACUGGGCCUAAUAAAACUAAGGAAGUUUUACAACCAUUGAAUGAGGAUGGGAUAUUAGACGAGUGUUCAAGGAGGAAGUGCAUUGGUGACAAGUUGACGACAACGACGACCACCCUGGUGACUGUUUCGCAGACAUCCACCACGAGCUGUAAUGAGCCCGUCUGCCGCAACUGCGUGGUGUCACCGACUGGAUCGUCCCCCCCACCGCUACACGAGCAGGCGUCCUCCCCCCCACCGCCGGCACCGUCUUCACCUCUCUCUCCUCGUCUCCUACCCUCCCUGCCAUCCCCGCAACCGAGUCACAGCGGCUCUUCAGUGCCUAGCCAAUCAAAUUCGCCACACCCAUAUUCAUAUCCGAAUUUCCGAAGAAGUGGCCAAGAUUAUAGCCAGCCCGGUCAAAGUUACCAAUCUCCGCAGUCUCCCCAAUCAGCCAUGUCCCUGUCCCCCCAUCCAAUCCCCCAGGGGAAGUUCAGAGGCUUGCUGGAACAUGCGGAGAGGUUGAUGAAACCUGGGGAUCCUCACAGGCAUUCGCAGAGUGAUGAUGACUCAGGCUGUGCGUUGGAGGAGUACACCUGGGUGCCGCCAGGGCUCAGACCUGAACAAGUGCACCUGUACUUCUCAGCGCUGCCAGAAGACAAGGUGCCGUACGUGAACAGCGUCGGCGAGAGGUACCGGCUCAAGCAGCUGCUGCAGCAGCUGCCGCCACAGGACAAUGAGGUCCGCUACUGCCACGCGCUGUCAGACGAAGAACGCAAAGAGCUGCGGCUGUUCAGCGCGCAGAGAAAGAGAGACGCGCUGGGACGGGGGCAAGCGAGACAGCUGCAUGCGCAGGCGCCGUGUGUGAGGUGUGAAGAGACAAUGUCAGCGGGCGACAUGUGCGUCUCCGCAGCCCGCGCGGGGCCCUCAGCGAGGUGGCACCCUGGCUGCUUCGUGUGCUGCAGCUGCCAGGAGCUGCUGGUGGACCUGGUGUACUUCUGGAAGGAAGGCCGGCUGUACUGCGGCAGACACCACGCUGAGACGUUGAAGCCGAGAUGUUCAGCUUGUGACGAGAUAAUUCUUGCAGACGAAUGUACGGAAGCAGAAGGUCGCGCGUGGCACAUGAAGCACUUCGCGUGCGCGGAGUGCGCGAGGCAACUCGGGGGGCAGCGCUAUAUCAUGCGGGAAGCGCGGCCCUACUGCCUGCCUUGCUUCGACAAUUGCUUCGCGGAGUACUGCGACGCGUGUGGCGAACCAGUCGGCGUCGACCAAGGACAGAUGUCCCACGAGGGCCAACACUGGCACGCAACUGAGCGCUGCUUCGCCUGCCACACCUGCAGGGCCAGUCUACUCGGUAGACCGUUCUUACCACGCAAAGGCGCGAUAUUCUGCUCCAUCGCUUGCUCCAAAGGCGAGCCGCCGACGCCAUCUGACUCCUCCGGACCUGGCCCCCGGCCUCCGCGCGUGCCGAGACCUAGAAGAGUCCCGUCGCCAAAAUCCCCACCUAGAACUCCUCAAAGAGAACCGUCGCCACCUAUCGACGCAGAUUCAGAACCGAGCGCGUCUUUAUGUCCCGAAUCGCCGCCGCCACACCCACCGCCUCCGCCUCACGCUAGUCUUAGUCUUGACAGAGCCUUAGCAGACUUAAGAUUAGAGCAGUCUAUGACAGAACACCAAAUACAGCCCACACCAACGUCAGAAGAACCCAGAGAAGAAAACGAGGACUGGAAACCACCCCAUCCUGUAGAAGCUCAAGCGGUGGUCACUCCUGGUCAUUCGUCUUCCAUGCCAGAACUAACGUUAGUUGAUGGUAAAUCUCGAAAGCCAAGAGGAGGUAGGACUGUUCGGUUUUGCGGCGAUGACAACGAGGCUUUUGAGCCCGACGAGCCAGUCCGGAGAGAGAAAAUGAGAGAUGAUGACGCGAGCAGUUACUGCAGCACGUGUUCUUCUUCUUCGUCAUCAGCCGAGUCCUACACUUUACCGACGAGAAGAGCGUAUGGUGGAGUUCGAAUAUCCUACGUCCCAAAUGACGCAGUAGCGUGCGCGAAGCGGGAGAGACAGCGAAAGAAUGCGCAGAACGACAAGAACUGUAUAAUUUCGUGAUCCUGGGUUCUCGUAGUGCCUCAAAAUCCCUCCUAGUGACACCAACCUCCUACGGCAGUAGUAAGACUGACUUUUGAUAGCGCAUAACCGCCAUAUACUAUAAGAAAUACAAAUUUAAGAAAUAAAAAGAAUACGAAUAGUCUUCCUUUAAACUUUACACCGACUUCAUUAUUAAACAUACAUUGCAUGCGGUAAACCAAUAAACUUUUGCUCUCUGAGCAGCCGACGUAAUGUAUCACUAUGUGAUAAAGCACGUGUAACUUUUUAAUCCGUUUGAAAUCGUUUGGCUAAAAGGGUGUAAGUUGCAAAUACAUUAAAACCAGGUGUACAUCGACAUGACUACGUCUGUCUUUUGUGUUUCACUAUUCACUAAUCGUGUUGUGACGCAUGCCAUACUGUCUCCAUAUCUAUCCAUAAAAGGCUACCUAUGAAUGGAUUGUAGACAAAUUUGUAACCCGUAAUUUGGGCUUAAUCGCUCCUAAAUGUGACAUUUCAUUCAUCCGAUUACCACCUUUUCAAAACUUUCAAGCCUUUAUAACACAGCCGUAACUAAAAACUAGAAAAAAUGUACUUUAUUUUCACUGUAACAAAGCUCAAAGUUAGUUGCUAUAAAUGAUACCCAGGCCUAUCGCCUUACAAAGGGAUGAAAGGGUUGACUCAUGCCCCUUUUAUACAUUUUAUUGUGGCCUAAGGAACAGAUCUGAUUAUAAUGUAAUGUCAGCUUUAACUUUUGUGGAAGUAAUAUAUGAAUUAUUGUUUAAAUUAUUCGACAUAUCCCAUAAUGUAACCAUAUCUCAUAAAAUGACUAGUUUAAGACAUAUCCCACUUUGCCACUUAGAGUAAUUAAUAUAAGUAUUAAUUCUAGAUUUCAUAAAUUAUAGCAAUAAAAUAAAAAUGUAAAUUUUAAUGCGAGUACAAAUACGACCUAUAAUAUUUUGUAUUUAAUGUUUGUUUUGAUAAUGUGUGUUCAGGUAUAGUUGUGUAUAUAACUUAAUGUAUAAUUAGAUAUAAGGCUGCCUUACGUAUUUAUAUUUUGUAUUAUUGUAAAAUAUAUACGAAUGUAAAGAAAUGUAUUACACAGUUGCCGAUAUUUAAGCCUUUAAUAUAUAAAACAUUUAGAAUAGCGACUGACAACAAUUGCCGAGAGAUAUGGCAGAAAGAUUUUUGUUUACUUAAUCUUAAAAAAAAAAACACGAAAAAUAUUUGAAUAUUAUUUUCACAUAAAUAAAUAUAAGAGCUAAUUGUAUUUAAUUCUUGAUAAAAUUUGAUUUAUAAGCCAAAAAUAUUUCACAAAAUCAAACCAUAAAAAUACGUUAUUCUAGUUUGCUUGCCUCCCUAAUUGCGCCAUAAAAAGUAUAUUUGAAAAUGCUUAAAGAACCCUCGUAAAGGAAAAUAUUUGAGAAAGCCUAUAAUGGACCAUAACCUCCCUUCCCACACGCUUUUAUGACGGUCAUGAAAGGGGGUACGUUGAAGGUACGAUCCAUUGCUACACCAAAACACGCUGACACGCAUACAUACGCUAACGCUUAUUAUAGUUUCUGUAAAAUAUACAACAAGCAUGAUCACAGUUUAUCUAAUCAAGAUUUGCAUUAUAAUUUUAUAAAAUCAAAUAAUAUUAUUUAAUCAAAAACCUAAGUAAAAAGUGCUAACAGGUUCACUGGCUGGACUAUUUAGUCCAAAAGUUAUAAACAAAUGAAUUAUUCAUGUAAAGCAAUGGAUCCGUACUUGACAAUACAAUAUAUCUAAUAUGGCGAAUAUAACAAUGUGUGUAUGUUUUGUAAGUUAUUUGUAAUAACGACAGAUGAAUAAAAUGUUUCAAAUAAA